AUGGAUCAACUAAUCGAUCAGUAUGACUAUGUGGCUGCCGUUCUAAUCGAAUUGGCUGAAAAGAAGGUGAAGACUUGUGGCUCGUUCUCUGAUCUCCCUCGACUUUCUCCUCGUCUUCAUAAUUUCUUUGCGUCUGGUGAGCUACAGUGCGGCAUGUUAAGUAAGUGA